AUGAGGAUAAUCGCUUGGGGAGAUUACGACAGGGACUAUGAUGAUCGUUCCCAUCGACGUGGAGUUGGCACUGGUCGAAACAAGCGUGCCGAACCUUCGGAAGAAGAGGAAAAGGAGAAGAUCGAGCAACGCGAUGAUGAUGACGAUGAAUGGCUUUUCAAUGUGAACCCUUCAACCGAACAUCCAGAUGUGGAAGAUAUGCUGGAAAGCGACGGGAGCGUCAAGGAGAACGCUACACAUUUCAAAUGGGUCAAAAUCGAGCUAAACGAGGAAGAUCAGUUGGCCUAUAUCUACCUGGAAUUUGCGCUGAUUACGUCCCAAAAGCUAUCGACGAAUUUGACAGUAGCGAUUUCGAAGGUUCGUUACUUACUAUAUUAG